AUGCAAGCUGAGUUACAGGCACUUGAGGACAAUAGAACCCGGUCUCUUACAUCUCUUUCUGUUCAUAAAAUUCCAAUUGGAUGGCAUUGGGUGUACAAAAUAAAAUGGAAGUUAGAUGGCUCAAUUGAAAGGCUGAAGCAGGCGUCUAGACAAUGGUUUGCAAAGUUUUCAGAAGCUAUUUGUUCAACUGUUUUUAUACAAUCCAAGGCAAACUAUUCUCUCUUCACCAAAAGAGAAGGCAAGUAUUUUACUGUCCUUUUGAUUUAUUUGGAUGAUAUUCUGAUUACUGGCAAUGAUUCUGAAAACAUAACUGAUGUUAAGAAUUUUCUGCAUAAAAAUUUUCGACUCAAAGAUCUAGGAAAAUUGAAAUAUUUCUUGGGCAUUGAAGUUUCUACAUCUAGAAAAGGCAUUAAUGUAUAUCAGCGAAAAUAUGCUUUGGAGAUUAUCAAAGAUGCAGGUUUAUUGGGUGCUACUCCUGUUGAGACUCUUAUGGAGCGUGGUACAAAAUUAUGUGAAAAUAGUGAACCACUUCAUGACCCGGGAAAAUACAGAAGGCUUAUUGGCAGGUUAAUUUAUCUCAUGGUUUCAAGACCAAACAUCACCUAUGCAGUUCAUGUUCUAAGCAGAUUUAUGCAUCAACCUCGGAAAGAAUAUUGGGAUGCAGCUUUGCGUGUCGUGUGCUACUUAAAAGGAUCCCCUGGUCAAGGUCUUUUCUUUUCUGCAAACAAUGAUUUUAAACUAAGCGCUUUUUGUGAUUCAGAUUGGGCAGUAUGUCCUCUCACUGGAAGAUCAACCUCAGGUUACUGCGUAUUCUUGGGUCAUUCUUUAAUAUCAUAG